AUGCAAAGAAUCACAGAAAGAACUAACUUUAUCACCCGAGACAUUGAUGUAGUCGGAGAUGUUGAUGGUAUGGUUCGUUUACUCCGAACAAGUGAUGCACAAAUGUUUUGUGGAUAUGAAGAUUUUCCAUCAUGUUUUGAUGAGGAUUGUUUGGGUGCUUUGGAAAAAAUUUCCCUCCGAAUGAAACUCUGUAUGCAAGAUAGAUUAAAUGGAGUGAGAGGAAGUGUUGUUAUGAGUGGUUGUGGAACAAGUGGUAGAAUUGCCUAUUUUUGUUCAAAGAAUUAUAAUUAUUGUUUUAGAAAAGUAUUUUCUGAUAGGAUUGAUAAUGAUGAAUGCUUUCAAUUUAUUAUUGCUGGUGGAGUGAAUGCUCUUGUUUCACCACAGGAAGCUGCUGAGGAUAAACCAGAUAUUGGAGCAAGAGAUUUGGUAAAUGUCAUUUCGAAUACUAAAACUGAGAGAGGAUUAUUUAUUGGUAUUACUUGUGGAUUUUCUGCUGGUUAUGUAGCUGGUCAAGUGAUGCAAUUGAGUGAGGAUAAGAGUCUUGGUUUUGAUUCUGUUUUAUUUGGGUUUAAUCCAAAGGAGUUGGCUAGGGAUAGUCCAAUUGAAGGAUGGAGGGAUGGAAAUAUUUCUUUCAAGGACGUAAUUGAAAAUGUGGAAAAGAACCAAUCGAGAGAGGAUGAAUUUUUCUUUUUGAAUCCAAUUGUUGGACCAGAAUCUAUCACGGGUUCUACAAGAAUGAAGGGUGGAAGUGCAACCAAAUUUCUGCUUGAUGUUGCCUUCUCUUCAGCCAUUAUGAGUAUUCUGGAUGAAAAGAAGAAGAUUAGAGACAAUAUCAUUCAAGUACUCUCUGGUUUUGAGCAUACUGUGAGAAGUACAUAUGAUUUUUCUAGUAAUACCUUUUCAACAAAUAGUCUCAAAUCCAUUACUCCAACCAUUGAAAUGGCAGCAAAUAGUUUAAAGAAUGGUAACCUAGAUGAAAGAAACGAGGAUCAAAUGGGCCAUAUUUAUUACAUUGGUGCUGAAAAUGCUGGAAUUUUGGGAUUUAUUGAUUCUUCAGAGUGUGUACCAACUUAUGGUGCUCAUCCUAAUGAUGUUAGAGGAUUUAUCAAAAAGGGAUGGAACGAUGUCUUUACCCAUCACAAUCAAGAUAUCAAUAGUGAUUUUGAACAAAAGGGAUCAAGUUUUGGCAUUUCCUAUGAUUUCUUCAAACAAAAUAUUUUACAUACAGUCAAUUCUAGGGAUUCGGUCUUCUUUUUGGCAAUUGAACAAUGUAUAGAUGAAGAAACUCUUGCUGACAUGAAGGAAAUCCUAAAUACGGUCAAGGAAAGAGGGGCCUCUGUCUGCUGGAUUCUUGUAACCACAAAAGGUAAUAAUUCAUUGUACCAGACCGUAUCUGAAUUGGGAUCCCCAAUAUUGCACCAUGCGCUUGACUCGCUUGGUCCAGUACCUUUCUUAUAUGGUUAUGCAGAGCUUAGUAUGAAACUUUUUUUGAAUGCCAUUACAACUGGUGCUCACGUAUUGAAGGGUAUGACAUUUGGAAAUAGAAUGAUCAAUCUCAAAGUUAGUAAUAACAAACUAUUUUAUAGGGCUAUUAAUAUUGUCAGUUCGAUAAUGAAUGUAACUGAAGAGCUUGCAGAGAAAUGUGUAUUGAGAGCCAUCUACAAUGAUUCAACUCCAGAAAGUAACCUCGUCUCACUUCACAUUAGUCAUGCUAUCAAGAUGAAUAAGGUAGUUCCUGUUGCCCUCUUGCUUGCUUCUUCAGGUGGUACCUUGACUGUGGAACAAGCUAGAGAAAUGUUAGCCAAAGACCCGGUGGUUAGGCAAGUAAUUCUAAAGGAAAAGAAGAAUUAAUUGUCAUCUGCAAGUGAAGUAGUAGAAAUUAAAGAAACAUCACUAUCAUCUUCU